AUGCCGUCCCAAAAACCUGAAGAACGUGGCGAGUCGUCAAACUCAGCCUCAAAGGCAGCCCUCAAAGCUUCUACCAACGGUACCCCUAAUUAUGAACUCCCAUGGGUGGAAAAGUACCGACCGGUUUUCCUCGAUGAUGUUGUCGGCAACACAGAAACGAUCGAGCGACUAAAGAUCAUCGCCAGAGAAGGAAAUAUGCCCCACGUUAUUAUCUCGGGUAUGCCAGGUAUUGGAAAAACCACCAGUGUUCUAUGUUUGGCCCGACAACUUUUGGGUGAUACGUACAAGGAGGCGGUCCUGGAGCUCAAUGCCAGUGACGAGCGAGGUAUUGAUGUCGUUCGAAAUCGAAUCAAGGGCUUUGCCCAAAAGAAGGUUACUCUACCCGCUGGCCGACAUAAACUCGUCAUUCUCGAUGAAGCCGACAGUAUGACAUCUGGUGCACAGCAAGCCCUCAGACGAACUAUGGAAAUCUACUCAAACACGACCCGAUUCGCAUUCGCAUGCAACCAGUCCAACAAGAUCAUUGAACCCCUACAAUCACGAUGUGCCAUCCUACGAUACGCCAAGUUGACAGACUCUCAGGUCGUUAAACGACUGAUGCAAAUCAUUGAGGCUGAAAAGGUCGAAUACAGCGACGACGGCUUGGCAGCAUUGGUUUUCAGCGCUGAAGGAGAUAUGCGACAAGCCAUCAACAACCUUCAAUCCACAUUUGCCGGUUUUGGCUUCGUCUCGGGCGACAACGUCUUCAGGGUUGUCGACUCUCCUCACCCUAUCAAGGUGCAGGCGAUGCUGAAGGCUUGUUACGAAGGCAACGUUGAUUCUGCACUGGAUACACUCCGAGAACUCUGGGACCUGGGUUAUUCAAGCCACGAUAUUAUCAGCACCAUGUUCAAGGUGACAAAAACAAUCCCAACGCUGAGCGAACAUUCAAAGUUGGAGUUUAUCAAGGAGAUCGGCUUCACUCAUAUGAAGGUGCUGGAAGGCGUGCAGACACUGCUCCAGCUCAGCGGAUGUGUUGUUCGAUUAUGCAAGAUCAACAUGGAUCCCAAGCGCUUUCGGGUAUAG